CAGAUGGAGCGUGAACCUCUCUUCUCGCCUUACGCUUUCCCCUGCCCGCCUCUCUCUCCCAGGCUCUGACCGCUCACGAACCAGUCAGCCUGGGGAACCAACAGCAGGACCCUGUAGAAAUCCAUGUUUAUACUUCAUGUGAGGAGCGCUGAGCUGUCUCCGUGGAGACAGAGGGAGUCAGUGCUCUGCUGCAACGGCUGUGCUCUGGGCCGCGCUGCCUUUAUGGUGUUUGUUUUGGAUUAGUAGGGCAAAGGGAGCAGUUUCAAAGGUCAACGGGGACUUUAGAGGCUGACGUGAGGGACUGGGAACACGAAGGAACUUUGGAACAUGUCACCAGAGCGCUCCUGGAACUGGGAAAGAGAAGCUUAGACCGGGAGCCAGGACGGCUUUUGGGUUGACCGCUAAGGCUGUCCUGUCUGUAACUACAAAUAUGAACAAGAAAAAGAACAUGGCUGUGUCUUGCCAGCGUAAAGGAACCCUUGGCCUUGUUGGAUUUUGUGUUGUUUGCUUUUGAAAGAAGACGCUUUUGAGUUUGCUGAGUCUUACAAGGAGCAGCAUGUGCGCUUGAAAGUCAUGGGCAAUGUUUGCGGAUGUGUGCGAGGCCAUAAGGAGGAGUGCUACGUCGAUCCCACCAAAGCUCCCCUUAGCCCUGUGCCCAAAGAGCUCCGGGGCAGACGUUACUUCCAGAGGAGAAAGAAGAGGAAGUCGGGAGAAUUCCACCCCGAUGAGUCCCUGAGGAGCAAGGGAGGAGAGAGCUACCAGAGUGAGACGCUCUCUAACACUACAGACCAGAGUGAGGCAGGUACUUUGAACUCAGACCAGGCUGAAGCUUCAAGGCCCAGCCAAAGCGGUAUCAGCCAUGGGGUUUACGUUGGAGAAGUUCCCGUGCUCAGAUCAGGCAGAAGAUCAGGCAUUCGGCUGUUGGACAGAGACAAAUGGAGGCCUACCACUGAGCAGCACCUUCGCCGGGUCACCAAAAGCUCUAGAUGUAUUGCUCCGAAGGACGGGCUCCUGGAGAAGAAACUGCUCCGGAGGCAGCUGCGGAGGGCGGUGAGUUUUGGGGCAGUGGAGCACACACUCCGUACGUUGAGGGGAGAUGGUUCCCGCAGGAGCAGUACAGAUCAUCAGCUGGAUAAUAUGAAGGGACUGUCCAGGAUUAUAUGUGACAGCCAACUGCACAGGAAGAGGAGGAGGGCCAAUACAUGCUCGGGAGGGUCCGUUUCCCACGACUCUCUGGACACUGUCCAGGAAAAGUCUUCCAUCCUUGAACGUUCUGAGAUCUCGGACAUCCACGUUACUGGGGAGUCCGAGGACAUGACGGCCAAGGAGAGGCUUCUGCUGUGGUCCCAGCAGAUGACCGAGGGCUACGUGGGCGUCCGUUGUGACAACUUCACUACCUCCUGGAGGGACGGAAGGCUAUUUAAUGCUCUUAUUCACAAGUAUAGGCCUGACCUGGUGGAUAUGAGCAAAGUUUCAGCACAGAGUACUAGAUCAAACCUAGAGCACGCGUUCUGUGUGGCUGAGCAGCUGGGAGUGGCUCGGCUGCUGGACCCAGAGGAUGUGGAUGUAUCGUCUCCAGAUGAGAAGUCAGUUAUUACUUACGUAUCAACGUUAUACGAUGUCUUCCCUAAAGUACCAGAGGGUGUUGAGGGCAUCAAUGCAAAUGAUGUCGACAUUAAAUGGGUGGAAUACCAGAACAUGGUGAAUUACCUCAGCCAGUGGAUCAAACACAAUGUGUCAGUCAUGUCUGACAGAAACUUUCCCAGCAAUCCUGUGGAACUAAAGGCACUUUAUUCGCAAUACCUGCACUUCAAGGAGAGCGAAAUCCCUUUGAAAGAGAAUGAGAAGACCAAAAUUAAGCAUCUUUACAAAAUGCUAGAGGUGUGGAUCGAGUUUGGUCGCAUCCAGCUGCCGCAAGGCUACCACCCCAACGACGUGGAGAAGGAAUGGGGCAAGCUGAUUGUGGCCAUGCUGGAGAGGGAGAAGAGCCUGAGGCCUGAGGUGGACAGACUUGAAAUGCUGCAGCAAAUAGCAAACAGAGUCCAUCGGGACUGCGUGGCUGGAGAGGACAAGCUGGCCUUAGCACGGGCAUCUCUGCAGUCUGAUGCAAAGAGGUUGGAAUCUGGGAUCCAGUUCCAGAACGAGGCGGAGGUUGCAGGAUACCUGCUGGAAUGUGAGAACCUGCUGAGACAGCAAGUGGUGGACAUCCAGAUUCUACUGGAUGGGAAGUUUUACUUGGCUGAUCAGCUUGUUCAAAGGGUAUCGAAGCUCCGCGAUGACCUGCUGGCCCUCAGGACAGAAUGCUCGUCAGUCUACAGUAAGGGACGCACACUGACCUCAGAGCAGACCAAGAUCAUGAUCUCUGGAAUCACCCAGAGUUUGAACUCAGGCUUCUCUCAGAACCUGAACCCAAGCCUGAGUCCGGCCCUGACCCCGGCUCUCACGCCUGGAGCUCUGGUCACACCAGGCUCCACUCUGUCCUCCAGCCUCACCCCAGUUUUAACCCCGGCCAUGACCCCAGCCCUGACACCUGGCCUGCAGCCCACUUUAGUGGGCGGAGGAAAUGUGGAAACAGGGGUCCUCCAGCACCUGAAACAGAUGCAGAUCCGCAAGCCUAUGCUGAAGUCGUCACUGGUAGACCCCAACCUGUCCGAGGAAGAGGUCAAUAUGAAGUUUGUGCAGGACCUGCUUAACUGGGUGGAGGAAAUGCAGGUACAACUUGAUCGAGGUGAAUGGGGAUCUGAUCUUCCCAGCGUCGAGUCCCAUUUAGAAAAUCACAGAAAUGUUCACAAAGCCAUCGAGGACUUCCAGAUGAGCCUUAAAGAGGCAAAAAUUAGUGAGAUUCAGAUGACACAGCCACUCAAACAGAGCUACUCGGAGAAGCUGGGCAACUUGGAGAACCAAUAUGGACGACUGCUGAACUGUUCCAGAGAGAGACAGAAGCACCUGGACAGCCUACAUGACUUUGUGUCUCACGCCACUGAGGAGUUAAUUUGGCUUAAUGAGAAAGAAGAAGAGGAGGUGGCCUUCGACUGGAGCGAACGGAACAGCAACGUUUCCAGGAAGAAGGACUAUCAUGCUGAACUGAUGAGAGAACUGGAUAAAAAAGAAGGGAUGAUCAAGUCAGUACAGGACCAGGCUGACAGCCUUCUACAGCAGAACCAUCCAGCCAGGCUAACAAUAGAGGCCUAUAAAGCUGCCAUGCAGACCCAGUGGAGCUGGAUCCUGCAACUCUGCUACUGCGUGGAGCAGCACCUGAAAGAGAACACCGUGUAUUUCGAGUUUUUCAAUGACGCCAAAGAGUCCAUGGACUACCUUAAAAGCCUUCAAGAUUCCAUUAGCAGAAAGUACAGCUGUGACCGCACUAGUGGAUUACACAGGCUGGAGGACCUCAUUCAGGAGUCUAUGGAUGAAAAAGAGCAGCUUCUCCAGUACCGCAGCACUGUUGCUGGAUUGGUGGGACGAGCAAAGUCCAUUGUUCAGCUCAAGCCCCGCAACCCAGAGUACCCCAUCCGAACCUCCAUCCCGGUCAAAGCCAUCUGUGACUACCGGCAAAUAGAGAUCACCAUCUACAAAGAGGAUGAGUGUGUGCUGGCCAGUAACUCUCACAGAGCUAAGUGGAAGGUGAUCAGUCCCUCAGGGAACGAGGCCAUGGUGCCUUCUGUCUGCUUCAGUGUACCCGCGCCCAACAAGGAGGCGGUCGACAUGGCCAGCAGGAUUGAGCAGCUGUACCAGAACGUUCUGGCUCUGUGGCACCGCUCCCACAUCAACAUGAAGAGCGUGGUGUCCUGGCACUACCUGAUGAUGGACAUCCGCACCAUCCGCAAAAGCACCGUUGCCUCCAUUAAGACCAUGUUACCAGGCGAGCACCAGCAGGUCCUGAGCAGCCUGCAGUCCCAUUUUGAAGAGUUUCUGGAGGACAGUGAGGAAUCGGAGGUGUUCACCGUGGCAGACUGUGCUCAGCUGGAGAGAGAGGUGCUGGCCUCGAAAGAGUACUAUGAGGAGCUGCUGAAGUCUGCAGAGAGAGAGGAACACGAGGAAUCGGUGUACAACCUCUUCAUAUCCGAGGUUCGUAACUUCCGCAUGCGUGUGGAGGCUCAUGAGGAGCAGCUGAUCCGGCAUAUCCGCACCCCCCUGGACCGAGACGACCUGCAGGCCAGCAUGCAGCGCAUCAAUGAGCAGGAGAGGAAGAAGGCAGAGUUAGAUCGGCUGAAGGAGGACCUGGAGGUGCUGAAGGAGAAGUGUGAGGUGUUCUUGAGACAGGCUGCCAACUCUCCUUCCGUCCCCACACUCUCCUCCGAGCUCAGCGUCCUCACUCAGAGCAUGGCUCAGGUCUACUCCAUGUGCUCCAUCUACCUGGAGAAGUUGAAGGCAGUGAGCUUGGUGGUGAAACACAGCCAGAGUGCCGAAGCUCUGGUCAAACUCUAUGAGGCCAAGCUGUGUGAAGAAGACGCAGUCAACGCUGACAUCAAGUCUAUCGAUGCAGUUAUGAGCACUCUCAAGCAAUGGAGAUCUGAGAUAGACGACAGGCGAGAGGUAUUCCACGACCUGGAGGACGAGCUGCAGAAAGCCAGAGUCAUCAGUGACCGUAUGUUCAAGACGCACAAUGAGAGGGACUUUGACCUUGACUGGCACAAGGAGAAAGCAGAGCAGCUUGGAGAGAGAUGGCGUAAUGUCCACUCUCAGAUUGAAAACAGACUUAGGGACCUGGAAGGUAUCAGCAAGUCUCUGAGGUACUACAAGGACACAUACAGUAGCCUUGACGAGUGGAGCAAAGAGAUGGAGGCCAACCAGCUGAAGACGCAGGAGAACCAGCCUGAAGACAGCAAAGCUUUGGCUGAGUUACUAAACCAACAGAAAGUACUUGUUGCAGAAAUUGAACGUAAGCAGAGUAAGAUUGACGAAUGCCAGAAGUACUCGGAGCAGUAUUCAGCCGGAGUAAAGGACUAUGAACUGCAGCUGAUGACCUACAGGGCUAUGGUGGACUCUCAGCACAAAUCCCCUGUGAAGAGGAGAAGGAUGCAGAGCUCAUCAGAUGCCAUCCAACAGGAGUUUAUGGACCUGCGCACUCGCUACACAGCACUGGUCACUCUCAUGACUCAGUAUGUGAAGUUUGCAAGCGAAACACUGAAGAGGGCUGAAGAAGAUGAGAGGAGGUCAUCAAUGGAAAGGACUGAAUAUAGGAGCUGGAUGGAGAGUAUGGAGCUACAGAAAUCGUCGAAUGAAGAGGAGAUCUCCAGGCUGCGUCGGCAGAAAUCUGUUGAGGAGGAGAAGAAAGAGCAUGCCUGUAAAGUUAACAAGUUAUUGAACUGGAUGUCCGAUAUGAAAACGAGCCAGAACAAAGAUGGAAAGGCUUUAGCUGAUGAUAAAGCCAGCACAGAGAGCAGUAAUAAGCAACAGGUACCAGUGGAAGAAGUUCUGACAAAGAAGGAGCAAAUUGCAGAAGCUAUGAGAAGCACUCAGCAGAUUUUAGCUAAACACAGCGACAAGAUGACUGAAGAAGAAAAGCGUGAAACAAAAGAGCAGCUGAAAUCUCUCCACCAGGCCUACAGUGAGCUCUCUCAGCAGACUGGAGAACAGGCGCCCUCUGCUGAACAGGAGUUCCAAGUCAUUGAAGGCAUUCUAAAUGUGCGAAGUGGAGCAAUCCUGUCUGUGUGUCGCUCAGUGCAGAAUGGUCUUAUUGACCAGAGCACGGGGCUCAGUCUCCUAGAGGCCCAGCUCAUAACCUCUGAACUCAUUUUACCUGAAUUUCGCAUGUGUCUGGACCUGGAAGAUGCAUUCAAGCACAACCUUGUGGAUGGGCCUAUGUAUGAGCAACUGCAGGACUUGAAUGGAGCCAAUAGAUCCAUCCAGGAGGCUUCUUAUGCAUCAGAACCCCUGCCAGUGGUAGCAGCUGUGAAUGAAGGGGCUAUUUCUGAACGUCUAGCCAUAAAGAUCAUUGAGAUUCAGCUAGCUACUGGUGGCUUACGCGUAACGUACACUGGAGAGUGCCUAAGUCUAGAGCGGGCCUUCCAGUUUGGCCUGAUUCCUCACUCUUUCUAUGUUAAAAUUUUGGAAAGGCAGAAUAGUUGGAAGGAUUUGAUCGACCCCAACACAGCUGAGAAAGUCUCUCUCAUUCAGCUCAUGCAGAGGAGCAUUGUGCAUGAGGAGACAGGUCUCCGGCUGCUUCCUGUGAAGUCUGGGAAAGAUGGGACGAUAUCUCUGACAUCUGGGAGGGAGAUCAGCAUCCUGAGGGCUGUGCAUGAGGGUUUAAUAGAUCGAGAGACCAUGAUCAGGCUGCUGAGUGCACAGCUGUUUGCUGGAGGCAUAGUAGACCCUAAAACAAACCGCAAACUCACAGUAGAAGAGGCCUUAUCUGAGGGUCUUAUUGAUCAGGACACUGCCAGUGGAAUUCUGAGCCACCAAAGCAAAAAUGGUGGCAUUGUGAAUCCACAUAAUGGAGCUAGACUCACAGUUGAUGAAGCUGUUCAGUGUGACUUAAUGAGCUCUAGAAGUGCUCUGCUAGUUUUGGAGAGGCAGAAGUGUUUCAUGGGCCUCCUAUGGCCUCACUCUGGAGAAAUCCUCACGGUCUCAACAUCCGUACAGCAUGAAAUCAUCACUGAUAAACUGGCGUCUGAACUUCUAUGUCAUCGUCACAAGAUAGCAGCACUUUACAUACCAGAAAACUCAGAAGUGGUUGAUAUUGACUCUGCCACACGGAAUGGUUUGAUCGACACUUACACAAAAGAGUUGUUGAAAACGUUAGAGAUACCAGACACAUUUCCUGAUGUGGACAAUCUCAAUGACAGGUUUUCAACUUGGCUGGUGAUGCGUGAGGUUCAACUUGAAGGCUCUCAAAGUACCAGUGAUGAAAUGGAAGUUGGUGAAAGGAGCAUAAGUGCCCAUUCUUCCUCAGAGUUCAAACAGUUGUUUAUCUCCUAUCUAAUGAUGAACAGCUACAUGGAUCCGAAAUCAGGUCAGAGACUUUUGAUCUUUGAUGGACAGUUAAAUAAAAUGGCCAAAUUGCUGCUCGAAGUGUCAGACUCUGGAAUGAACGAUCCUUCACAAGUGGUUAUGCAUGACUCACCAGUGGAUGAGAACUUUUCUGAGAAUGCUCUUGAGCUUCAUGCUACAUGCAGCAAAGAUUUGGGAAUCUGGCAUAUUGAGAAGCCCCUCACAAAAAUUUCAGAAGAAACUGACUCUGAGAUCUCUGUAGAUGGUGAUGAUGGAAAUUGUGUAAAACCUCUAGCUACUGGAUUUGACCGGCUCACAAAUUGGAGUGCUCCUAAGGAAACUGCACUUCCAGACGCAUCCUCUAAGUACAGCACAAAUUACUCUCUCAGUACAUCAGCCCAACCCUCUAUAGGCAUGCAGAUUUCAUGUUCAGACUGCAAUGAUUCAUCUUUUAAUGAGGACGUUAUUCAGGAUGUGAAUGAAGUCCACAUUACUCACAGUAGCAAUCUGGAAAUCAUGCAUAUUGAGAAGCCCCUAGCGGGCAUUCCAAAAGUGAGUAGUUUAGAGAUCUCAACAGAAGGUGCUGAUGGAAAUAAGCGCCGUAUGAAAUCCCUAAGUACCGGAUCUGACAGAUCCACCUCAGUUUUAGGAGAAAUAUUUAACAAUUCAUCAGACAGUGGCUCAGAAAAGACCUCAAUUACUGAGACAGAAGUGAAUCAGAGUGAGGAUGCUCCACUUUCAAGUACGUUCUCCAAGUACCAUAUAAAUGACAGUGCUAGAGCAUUAGCUCUGCCUUCUGUAGGAAUGCAGAUUCCACAUACAGAUUUACAUGAUCUAUCUCUUGAUCAGGAUAUCCCUCAAGAUAUGAAUGAGUUUCACAUUACUCACACUAGAAAUUUGGAAAUCGUGCAUAUUGAGAAGCCCCUAGCUAGAAUUCCAGAAGAUAGUGAUUCAGAGAUGUGCAUAGAAGGUGCUGUUGGAAAUGAAGAUUGUAUCAGAUCUUUAACAUCUGGAUCUGACAGGCUAGCAUUACUUUUGGGAGAAAUAUUUGAUAGUUCAUCAGACAGUAGUUUAGAAAAGAUUUCAAUUACUGAGAUAGAUCUGAAUCAGAGUGACUCUGAGGAAGCUACACUUUCAGGUACAUUCUCCAAGUACCACAUAAAUGACACUGCUAGAACAUUAACUCAGCCUUCUGUAGGAAUGCAGAUUCCACAUGCAGAUUUCCAAGGUUCAUCCCUGGAUCAGGACAUCCCUUCGCACUCACUCAACACCCAUGCUGGUGAUUUGGAAAAUAUGUACAUUGGCAAGCCUCAAGUGAGAAUUCAAGAAGAAAAGGAUUCAGAUAUGUCUGUAGACAGUGCCGAUGAAAAUGAAGGUUGUGUAUCAUCUCUAACCACUGGAUUUGAUAGGCUUACCUCAGUUAGAGGAGAAAUAUAUAACAGUUCUUCAGCAAAUGAUUCACAUAUGAUUGCAGUUACUGAGACUAAAGCACAUCACAGUGUCCCUGAGGAGUCUACACUUCCACAUGCAUCCGCUAAGUACCAAACAACCGACAUUGUCCAUCCAUUAGAUCAGUCUUCUGUAGGAAUACAGAUUUCACAUUCAGAUUUGCAUGAUUCAUCUCUGUAUGAGGACAUUCCUCAAGAUAUAAAUGAGUUGCACAUUGUUUACACUAGUAAUUUGGAAAUCAAGGAUAUUGAGAAACCCCUAGCGAGAAUUCCAGAAAGUGGUUCAGAGAUGUGCUUAGAAGGUGCUGUUGGAAAUGACGACUGCAUAAGAUCUUUAACUGCUGGAUCUGAUAGACUAGCAUCAGUAGAUGCUUCUGUAGAAGCCAAGCUUCCCGAUGCAUCUUCUAAGAACCACACAAAUGAUGCUGUCAGUGUAUUAGCCAAGCCUUUGAUUGGAAUGCAAAUUUCCCAAUCAGAUUUGCAUGGUUCAUCUCUGGAUGAAGACAUCCCUCAAGAUGAGUUUCACAUUACUCAUGCUAGUAAACUGGAAAUUGUGAAUAUUGAGCAGCCCCUAGCAAGAAUUCCAGAAGAUAGUGGUUCAGAGAUGUGCAUAGAAGGUGGUGAUGGAAAUGAAGACUGUAUGAGAUCUUUAACUUCUGGAUCUGACAGGUUAACAUCAAUUUCAGAAGAAAUAUUUAACAGUUCUUCAGAGAAAGGCUCACAUAAAUCUUUAGUUGAUGAGAUAAAAAUGUGCCAGAGUGUUUCUAUAGAAACCAUACUUCCAGAUUCAUCCAUUAAGAACCACACAAAUGAUGCUGUCAGUGUAUUCACCCAGCCUUUAAUUGGGAUGCAGAUUUCACAUUCAAAUUUGCAUGAUUCAUUUCUGCAUGAGGUUGCCCCUCAGGAUGUGAAUGAGGUUUGCAUUACUCACACUAAUGAUUUGGCAAACAUGCAUAUUGAGCAGCCUGUGACAAGAAUUCCACCGGAGAGUGGUUUAGAGAUCUCCACAGAGGGUGUGGUUGGAAAUGAAGAUAGUGUGGAAGCUCUAACAGCUAGAUCUGACAAACUACCAUCAGUUUCAGGAGAAAUACUUAACAGUUCUUCAGAAAAUGGCUCACAUACAGAGACUAAAGCAAAUCACAGUGCCCUAGAGGAACCUACACUUUCAGUUGCAUCUACUAAGUACCACGCAAAUGGUUCUGUUAAUACAUUAGCUCAGCCUUCUGCAGGAACACAAAUUUCACAUUUAGAUUUAUCUCUGGAUGAGGACAUCCUUCAGGGUGGGAAUGAGCUUCACAUUACUUAUACUAGUGAUUUGGAAAUCAUGAAUAUUAAGACGCCUCUAGCAAGAAUUCCAGAGGAGAGUGGUUUAGAGAACUCUACAGAGGGGACUGAUGGAAAUGAAGCUAGUAUGGAAUCUCUAACAGCUGGAUCUGAUGAGCUUGCAUCAGUUUCAGGAGAAAUGCUCAACAUUUCAUCAGAAAAUGGUUUACAUGUAGAGAUUAAGGCAAAUCAGAGUACCCCAGAGGAAACUACAUUUUCAGAUGCAUCUACUAAGUACCACACAAAUGAUAUACAGAUUUCAUAUUUCGAUUUGCGCAAUUCAUCUCUGGAUGAGGACAUCCCUCAAGAUGGGAAUGAGCUUCAUGUUACUCAAACUAGUGAUUUGGAAAUCAUGAAUAUUGGGAAGCCCCUAUUAAGAAUUCCAGAAGAUAGUGGUUUAGAGAUCAGUAGAGAUGGUGCUGAUGGAAGCAAAUUUUGCUUAAAACCUCUAACUACUGGACUGGAUAGUCCCAUGUCAGUUUCAGGAGAAAUGUUUAGCAACUCAUCAGAGAAUUGUUCACAUAAAGCAAUUACUGAGGUGAAAAUGAAACAGGGUGGGUCUGAGGAAACUCCACUUUCAGACGUAUUCCAUAACUACCAAAGAAAUGAUGAGGUCAGUGUGGUAGCUCAGCCUUCUGUGGGAAGUCAGAUUUCACAUUCAGUUUUGUAUGAUUCAUCUCUGGAUGAGGACAUCCAUCAAAAUUUGAAAGAGUUGCAUAUUUCUCACAAUAGUGAUGUGGAAAUCAUGCAUAUUGGUAAACCCCUAGUGAGAAUUCCAGAAGAGAGCAGUUUAGAGAUCUCAAUAGAGGGGGCUGAUGCAAAUGAAGAUUCCCUGAAAUCAUUAAUUUCUGGAUCAAUUACAGGAGAAAUAUUUAACAAUUCCUUAGAUGAUGGUUCACAUACGGCUUCAGUUACUGAGGUUAAAGCAAUUUGCAGUGCCUCUGAGGAAACUACACUUUUAGAUGCAUCCUCCAAGCAGCAUACAAACACCACUGCCAAAAGCAUAACUCAGACUUCUAAAGGAAUGCAGAUUUCACAUUCAGAUUUACAUGAUUCAUCUCUGGACAAGGAUGUUCCUCAGGAUGUUCACAUUACGCACACUAGUGAUUUAGAAAUAAUCCAUAUUGACAGGCCCCUAGUGACAAUCCCAGAAGACAGUGGUUUAGAGAUGACUAUAGAGGUUGCUACUGGAAAUGAAGUUUGCAUUAAACCUUUAAUUAUUGGGCCAGACAAUGUAGUGUCAGUUCCAGGAGAAACAUUUAAUAAUUCAGCCAAGAAUUGUUCAUAUAAAGCUUCAGUUACUGACAUAAAAUUGAAUCAGAGUGGCCCUGAGGAAACUACACAAUCAGACACAUUCCCUAACUACCAGACAAAUGACGCUAUCAGCACAUUAGCUCAACCUUCAAUAGGAAUCCAGAUUUCACACCCAGAUUUGCAUCAUUCAUCUCUCGAUGAGAACAUCCCUCAAGAUUCAAGUGAGGUUUACAUUACUCACUUUAGUGAUUUGCAAAACAUGGAUGCUGGUAAGACCCUCGAAAGGAUUCCAGAAGAGAGUGAUUUAGAGACCUCUAUAGAGGAUAUGGAUGAAAAUGAAGAUUGUAUGCAAUCCACUGGAUCUGACAAACUCAUCUCAAGUUCAGGAGAAAAAAAUAACACUUCCUUGGACAACAGUUCAUGUAAGAGUACCUCUGUGGAAGCUGCAAGUCUAGAUGCAUUCUCUAAAUCCCUAAUAAAUGAUGCUGACCAUACAUUAGUUCAACCUUCUGUUGAAAUUUGUUCUGAAUCUGCCUCUGAAACAACCUUGCUUUCAAAAGUAGAUGUCAAUCAAGAACAGCUUAAUCAUGCAGAAAACACAGGCCAAGCAGAAGAGCCUGCAGACUGUUCCAUACUGUCCACCGAAGUAGAUAAAAGUGCUGAGAUGACCUCUGAACACCCACAAUGUGAAGUCACGUGGAAUGACAAGCUUGAGAGAGCCCAUGCGGUUCAUCUUCUCAGGGGCCAAGUAGAGGAAGGAGGCAUUUUAGAUGUCACAUCUGGAAAGAAAUAUGACCUUAAUGCUGCUGUUGAUAAGGGCCUGAUCGAUGAACAGACUGUGUUAGAGGUACUAGCGCUACAACUUCAAAAAGAUGAUGUUGUAGAAAAUCCUGCUAUUGCAAUAUCAGUGCUGAAACAAGCUGUGCUACAAGGUUCAAUAUCACCUCAGGUAGCCUUGCAAAUCAUGGAGCAGCAGAACCUGCUAGGUGGCUUCUAUGACCCCACUUCUGGGAAAACUAUCAGUGUUACUGAGGCCUGGGAGAUGGGGCUGAUUACUGAUUACCUUUGCAACGUUGUUCUUCAUUCAGAGCCAGUUCGGAAAGCCAUCAUUGAUCCAGAGGGGAACCGCAUCCGCAAUGUCUCUGAUGCACACCACCUGGGCAUGUUGGAUGACGAGAAGGCUGAGAAUAUGCAACAAGAGCGAGACCAAAAGCUUGACCUCCAUGGUGAGCAAUUCAGUGAAGAAAGGCCAAGUGCUGAAAAUGACGUGAAAAAAUUGGAGGAGCCCACUUGUGUACCCAUAGAUAGAACACAAAUGGUCAGCAAUCUGAGCUCAUCAUUAAAGACAGUAAGCAAUACCCCUUUUAAGACCUUUGCACCUGCUGGUAUUGAUCCAGGGAAAGAGACUGUGAUUGAUCACAUUGUUCACACCCAAGAUUCACAGGAUUGCCAAAAUUUGGAUCUUGAAGCUGAUAGAAAUUCCAUGCUGUUUGGCAAUGUAACACAAAAAGAGGCAGAAAAGGGUGGAGUUUCUUACAUUGCAUUGCACAAAGUUCCUUUAGACAGAGACAGUGAGGCAGCAGUAAACCUGAUGGUAAGCCCUGUUCAGAGCAACUCUGGGAUGUCCUGUUCAUCGGAAAGUGAUAUUUGCUCAGGUGAAAGGUUCAGUUUACUGAACUUGAGUCAAUUCAGUGAGUCACAGCAGAUGGCAAGGACGUCCACCAGCGAUAUAUAUUCUACCCAAUUAAAAACUUUACUCUCAGGGAAUGAAGAUGUCAAUACAAUAAAGGAUCAUCAGCCAUAUUUAUCCUCAUGUGCCACAUCAUCUCAGUUAGCAGAGCAGAGAGCCUCAGGGAAAAAAAGUCAAGAUGAGCAACAUCUGGACCUCAAUGUACUGCCUCAUUCACAGAAUGGUCAAACAAAUCCCAGUCAGUGUCCCAUUACAGAGAAUAGCAUGAGUGCAAAAGAACCUGAGCACGAAAGCAAGUCAGAUGAAGCUAAGAGCUCUGAAGUGUUGAAACAGUUCCAAUCCAGUCACGUUGAAAUUGUGGACCAUAAGGAACACCGUAAGGAUUCCACCACCAAUGUUGAAACAUCUAAACUUAUGGACAUUUCACAAGUUUUCUCCAGAGACAUUACACCAGUGAUGCCACCCUUGACCUUGUUGCCAGAUGUAACUCUCAGCAACACUGAAAUUGGAGAUACCAGUAACUUACAGCAAUUUGUCGAGCACCCCACCCAGUCUUACUUCCAGGCCCCAGAUGAGGCAGAGCCAGCUGCCAUUGAGUCCAAGAUGCCUAAAUUAGACUCCUCCAGUGCCAUUACCAACAGAUACGAAACAACAGUUUCCCAAAAUGUGUCAGAUAAAAUUGUAGAGUCAGCAUCAGACCCAGCUUAUGAUAUGGGAGUACAACGAUCAAAAUCUGCAGAAUUGCAGCCUGAUUCCGUGUUACCAAAUUCAUCUGACAAAACUCGGCUUUAUUUUAAUACAUCCCAAAACACAGAUGGUGUUGAACCAUGCAGUGGAGAUGCCAAGCCUUCAAAGGCACAGGAUUUGAGAAAAGUUCCCCCUAAAAGUGACGACCGCUCAUAUUUCAGUGAAGCAGCUAGUGAGAAUGAGAUCCAGAGAACCCAAACUGAAGCCCUUGACAGCAUUGUUCAUCUCAUUCAGCAUGCCACGCAAGGUGGAUCCAGUGAGUCUGUCCUUCAAGGCCUUGUUGAAAGCAAUGAUCCAGAUUUGCUCCAAGAUUUGAAGAAGCAUGAGGGAAUGAAUACAGAAAGUGGGUGUGGUGAUGGUCAUGAACAAAGGCUUCCAGUUUUAAAGCAGUCUCAACUUUUGGAGGUGAUUCAGGGAAUUUCUGAGUGCAAAGACCCAGCAGUGCUGAAAGCACUCCUUGGGAACCUCAGUGGUCUCCUGGCAAGCACAUCUAAGUCAGGUGAUGGCACAUGUUCAGAAAGCACUGAGAUGGAGGCCACAGCUAUGAGGGAACUCUGUAAAGAUGAUGUCUUUGAAUCAGUUUUGUCUCAGCAGCCCUUUGAGACAUCAUCACCAAUCCCUGAGAACAUGGAGGAGGACCCAGUCACACCCAGAAGAUAUUCCACUCAGAAUUAUUUGGAGUGCAUUGGAAAACUCCAGGACCACCAUGAUGCUCUUGAGGAUAUUAGAAAUGAUUUGUUGACCCAGAGCCCUUUGACUACUGACCUUGAGGGUUUACACGGUCAGCUACAAGAAGCUCAGUCUUUGGAGACACAGCUUGCUGCUUUUCCAGGCAUUUUAACCCCAGAUAUGGGGAUAGCUGAACUGCUUCUAAAUUCUGCUGAUGAGCUCACCCCCACGCAGAUCCACCAGGAUUUGGCUGCAGUCUUUGUAGAUUUGCAAAAUACUUUCUCAGAUGUUUGCCAGUUAUCAGCUGAGAGAAGUAAUGCAAUUCUUCAGGCCAUUGAUGCAGCAAAGACGAAGUUGGAGUCCACAUAUCAGGAUUUUCUCAGCCGCCUUGAUAAACUGUCAGCUUGUAUUGAAGAUAAUUAUGAGAUGGUAUGUAAGCUUGACAUCAUGAACACUGAUGACCUGGAGACAGUUAAAUACAGGAUUCAGCAAAAUAAGGACCUGGAAAAAAACCUAUCUGGAACUCGACAGCAUUUGGAGGACACAGCUUUUGACGUCCAGUACUUUAUCUCUGAGCAUGCUCAGUUCCUGAGUCCGGCUCAGAACAGACAGCUACUGAAAUCUCUGAGUGCCACACAGAGGGCCUUUAAAGAGCUGAUGGACCGAGUGUUCACUCAGAGACACACACUGGACCUCCACUUGGAGAUCCGCGAAGAUGAGAGUCUGCAGCAGACUGCAGGGGAAAAGCAGAAGGAGUUUGUAGCCAAGCUUCAGGAGAUGUGUGAUGACCUAACACAGACUGAGAAUCGCCUCAUUGGCCACCAGCAACAAGCUGUACUUGCAAAGAGUGUGGGAGACCUCCAGCAGUACCAACAGGAGCACCAGGCUUUGCAGAAAGACAUCCAGGCUAAUGCAAGUGCCUUGAAUGAAGUCAUCAGCAGCACUAAGAAGUUCCUGGAGGAGAAUCGGAGCAAACUCACACCAGAGCAGAUCACCGCUAUUGAGGUCCAGUUGGAAGAGGCUAAGAGCAAAGCCAAUAUGCUUAACCAGAGAGCAGAGGAGUCCAGGAAAGAUCUGGAGAAAGUUAUGACUACGGCUAUCAAACAGGAGACAGAGAAGGUUGCAGCCGUGGAGCAGCUUGAAGAGAGCAAAAACAAGAUUGAGGGUCUUUUAGACUGGAUAUCCAACAUUGGGAAAGAGAAAGAGAUGGAAGGAAUGCAAAAGGACCAAGUGUCCAAACAGAAUGGAAACAUGGCAGUAGACACCCAAGGAAAAAGGCUGAUUGGACACAACGAUGAUCCUAACGGAAAUGAACUGGACAGUACAGAUAAUAGCCCAGAGUGGUCAGGGGAAAGUGAAGACAGCAGAGAGUUGGAUCUAAACCAGCAGUAUGAGAAGGUUAAGUCUCACCACCAGGAGAUCCUUUCCCAGCAGCAGGACUUGAUUAUUGCCACCCAGUCAGCACAGGCUCUGCUGGACAAGCAGGCAGGAGUUCUGUCUCCUGCUGAGAAAGAGAAGCUCCAGAGGGACAUCCAGGAGCUUAGAAGCCGCUACGAGGCCUCACUGACCCGGGCUGAGCAGCAGAUAAAGCAGUUGCAGAGCAUACAGGAGGAGCUGCGGAAGUUCCAGGGUGACAGUGCAGAGUUUGAGAGCUGGCUGCAGCAUGCUCAGGAGCAGGUGGAGGAGCUGGGAGCUCCUGCUGGCCAGUUGGAGGUUCUGCAAGAGAAACUUCAAAAGCAAAAGAGCUUCUAUGAGGACGUGAUCUCCCACAAGGGAGACCUGCGUUUUAUUACCAUCUCAGGCCAGAAGGUGCUAGAUGUGGCCAAGACCUGCAGCCAGGGUGAGUCUGGAGAUAAAGAGGCAUUGCCGGAGGUGGACACCUCAGGAACGUGUGCUACAGUGAAGGAGAAGCUGGACUCUGCUACUGCUCGCUACAAAGCCCUGCACACCCAGUGCAACCAGCUUGGAACCAACCUCAAAGACGUGGUUGACAAGUACAAGAAGUAUGAAGAUGCUACUGGUGGUCUGUUGACGUGGCUGAAUAAUUCAGAGGAGGAGGCGAGAAGACAGCUGUCUGAACCUAUUGCUGCAGAUCCACAGACACUACAGAGACAGCUGGAAGAUACCAAGGCUCUUCAAGGGCAAACCACUGGCCACCAGACUGCAGUGGAGAUGCUUCGCAAAAUAGCAGAUGCUCUCAUUGCUGUGGAGGGAGACCUACUGACCAAUCAGGAUGAGAUUCAGGAAGCAGUGGAUGACAUUGUGGAAAGGUAUGAUAACUUGUCCAAAUCAGUGAGUGACCGUAACGAGAAGCUGCAGGUGACGCUGACGCGCUCGCUGAGCGUGCAGGAUGGGCUGGAUGAGAUGAUGAACUGGAUGGAGAAGGUGGAGGAGAGCCUUGAGAAGGAAGCACACGUGCCCCUGGACUCAGACACCAUCGCAGAUGCACUCAGCAAGGAGGCGGCGCUGGAGCAGGACAUCUCCAGCAGGCAGAGCAGCAUCUCCACCAUGAAGGCAAAGGUGAAGAAGUUUGCAGAGACGGCAGAGCCAGCGGCAGCCGCUCUGCUCCAGACCAAGAUGGAGGGCCUCUCUCAGCGCUUUACGGACGCCUGCGAGAAGCACAAGAAGAAGGUGUCGCAGAUGGAGGAGCUGAAGGAGAAGGUGGAGCAGUUUGAGAAGACGUCCGAGAAGGUGCAGCAGUUUGUGUUGAAACGCUCACAGGCUCUCUGCGAGACGGAUGGACCUGGAAAGAACGUAAACGAGCUCUCUCAGCUGGUGCAGGACACAAAUGAAGAGUUGGCUGAACAUGUAAAGGACAUGGAGACCCUGCAGAUGCUGUCUAAAGAGCUCUCCAGCUCAGGCCUGGAAGGAAGUAAAGCUCUGAUUCAGGGUAAAAUGGCAAACCUGUCGAACACGUUCAACGCCUUCAGAGACACCAUUAAAGAGAAAGAGGAGGAGGUUUUGUCUUGCCAGGACCAGCUGGGUGACUUCAAAGCAGCUGCAGGGGUGCUAAUGAAGUGGCUGGAGGAGACAAAGGAGCAAGUGCCUGCGGUUCAGCCCAACUGCAGUGAGCAGAGCCUGGGAAAGGACCUGCACAAAGUCAACGGCUUGCUGGAAGAAUGGACCGCUAAAGCUCCCGCUGUCCAGGAUAUAAAUAGUAAAGGAUCUGCACUGUGUAGCCUAAUCAGUGUUUUGACAUCCCCAGCCAAAGCCAAAAUGCAUCACAAAUCAGUGACUAAUGGCUCGGGUCCAGGAGGCCACGCCUAUCUGACUAGCAAAGAGCUGAUGCUGGUGCAGCAGAACAUGUCAUGCGUCAGCGAGGGUUACAGGAACCUUGGCGAUCUGCUGAAGGGCCGGUCCUCAGAGUUAAACGCCCUACUGCAGAAGGUGCGAGGAGCCCAUGAUGAGGCUGAGUCCAUGCUGCAGUGGCUGGAGGACAUGAAGAAGACAGCAGCGUCCUGGAGCUCUGAGCCUACAGUGAAAGACUCAGUGAAAACACAAAUGGAACAGCAGAAGGCCUAUGAGGAAAACAUGAAACGAAAACAGCAGCAGUACCAGGAGCUGAGGGAGAAAGUGCUCCACCUGAUAGAGGAAAACCCUGAUUCACCUGAGGCAGCAAAGUGGAAGCACAUGCUGGAUCAGAUAGAUGCAGGGUGGAAAGAGGUUGUGGGCUCUGUGGAGAACAGGAAGCAGCACCUGGAGGAAUCUUCGCGCGUGCUAGAGCUGUUCCAGACGACCCAGACGCAGCUCUCCCAGUGGUUGCAGGAGAAAGAGCUGAUGAUGAGUGUCCUGGGGCCCCUGUCUAUGGACCCCAAUAUGCUCAACACUCAGAAACAGCAAGUGCAGAUUCUUCUGAAAGAGUUUGAAGGCCGCAAACCUCAGUACGAGCAGCUGAAUGAGGCAGCUGUGGCCAUCACUAGCACAUCUGGAAAGCAAGACCCUGCAGUAGAGAAGGUGAAGGAAAAGGUAGUUGCUAUCACCCAGAAAUGGCAGGGCCUGACAGGCCAGCUGUCUCAGCGCGAUGCCCUCAUCGAGCAGGCGGUGGGUAAAACCACACAGUACCAGGAGCUUCUGCGGAGGCUGGGUGAGAGUGCAGCUGUCCUGGAGUCUCAGCUCAGUGGCCAGCAGGCCCUCAGCACGCAGCCUGAUGCGGUCAAGAAGCAGCUGGAGGACACAAAUGCUAUCCUCUCUCAGCUGUGUGAGGAGAAGAAGAGGCUGAAGGAGGCAGAACGUCUCUGCUCUGAGCUUUCAAAUCUGGUGACUGAAGAGUACCUCAAAGCCAACCUCACCAAGCAGCUGGAAAGUGUGUCCAAACCUUUCAAGCUCCUUGAGGACAAAGCAGGAAAGCGGAUUCGGCAGCUCAACUCUGCUUUCGCCAGCUCCCAGCAAUUCCAUCAGAUGUCCAAAAAUUUCAAGGACUGGCUAGACCAAAAGCUCCAGGAGCAAGCUGAGCCUCAGUCCAUCUCUGCCAAGGUAGAGACUUUGAGCGAGAACUUGAAAGAGCACAGUGCAGUGCAGAGGGCCCUUAGUGAACAUGAGGAGUCAUAUAGCACCAUCAUGAAGGAAGGGGAGGCUCUUCUGCAGAGCACAGAGGGAGCAGAAAAGGUGGCUCUCCAAGGGCAGCUCUCAGUUCUCAAGUCUAACUGGGAGGAAGUGAAGAGGAGUGCUGCGGAGCGCGAAGAAAAGCUCAACACUGUGAUGGAGAGGGCCCAGAAAUACAAGGAGCAUGCGGAGAACUUGAGCUCUUGGCUUAAGGAGUGUGACGAGAGGCAGAACAAGGUGAAGUUCAGUGUCAAUCCUGUGGAAGUUGACAACUCCCUCUCGCAGGUGAAAGCCAUCCAGAAAGACGUGGACAAGCACAGAGGUCAGAUGGAGCUGCUGAGCACAGCUUCUGAUAGCCUUCUGGAGGUGGCCACGGAAGACGUAGAUGCUGUAAAAGAAGAGAAGGCAGUCAUCGGGAAGAACCUGGAUAAGUUGGCAGAAGAUUUGCAACUCAAGAAGGAGUCACUGGAUAAGCUGUCACAGAGGCUGAGGGAGUUUAGUGACACACACAAAGAGCUCAAAAGUCAGCUUGAGGGUUCCAAGAAACAACUAGAAAGUCAUUCUAGCCUCGGUGUCCAGGCUUACAGUAACAAGAACCUGACUAAUAUGAAAGCUCAGCAGACAAGCCUAGAAGCUGUCCAGACUCAAGUGGACCACCUUAAAAGUGUAGCUCAGAGCUUGGUAGUAGAUGUACCAGACACUGAGGGGGUAACGGACCUCCUUCUCCAGGCAGACAGCUUGGAGAAAGAGCACAGCUCUAUCAGCAAAGCCGUCGAAGAUGCCUGUUCAACGCUGGAGGACAAACUGCAGGGCAUUGGCCAAUUCCAGAACACCAUUCGGGAAAUGUUCACCAGCUUUGCAGACUUUGAUGAUGAGCUGGACAGCAUGGCCCCAGUGGGCAGAGACCUGGAAACCCUCAGACAUCAACAAGGUGCCAUUCAAAGCUUUAUAUCUAAACUCCAGGAUCUGAUGACCAACACAGCGAGUGCCCGAGACAAGUGCAAGAAGAUGCUAGAGUCAGAGGCCUCACCAGAUCUGCUGGGCCUGAAGAGAGACUUGGAGGCCUUGAGCAAGCAGAGUGGCAAGCUGAUGGACAGGGCCAAUGGCAGGAAAGAGCAGGUUGAAGACACUUUGAAACAUCUGGAAGAGUUCUACAGCAAAUUGCAGACUUUCACCCAGAAGAUGACUGGAGCGGAGGAGCAAGAAGAAUCCCAAGGGCCUGUUGGCAUGGAGACAGAUGUCAUCAACCAACAGCUGGAGACUUUCAAGGUUUUCCAGAAAGAGGCUAUUGAGUCGCUUCAAACACAGUUGCAAGACCUGAACUGGUUGGGCCAGGGACUUAUUCAGAACGCCCCUAAAGGCACCAGCACAAAGAGCCUUGAACAUGACCUGGAGGAGGUCAACACCAGGUGGAACACCCUCAACAAAAAGGUGGCAGAACGGUCGGCACAGCUCCAUGAAGCUCUGCUGCAUUGUGGCAGGUUCCAGGAUGCUCUCGAGUCUCUGCUGAGCUGGCUUACAGAUACGGAAGAGCUGGUGGCCAGUCAGAAACCACCAUCAGCAGAGUUCAAAGUCGUCAAAGCGCAGAUACAAGAACAGAGACUCUUACAGAGGCUGCUGGAUGACCGCAGACCCACAGUCGAGCUUAUUAAAAAGGAGGGGGGGAAGGUGACGGAGCUGGCCGACACUGCGGAUAAAGAGAAGAUUGGAAGGGAGAUUGAAUGCCUGGGGCAGAGGUGGGACACUCUACUGAAGAAAGCAGAGAACAGACGCAAGCAGCUUGAGAGCAUUUUGGUGGUUGCCCAGCAGUUCCACGAGACCCUAGAGCCAUUGGUUGAGUGGCUCACUGCUACAGAAAAAUGCCUGGCCAGCUCUGAGCCUAUUGGCACCCAGACCUCCAAGCUAGAAGAGCAGAUCAGGCAGCAUAAGGCCUUAGAGGAGGAGAUUAUAGGCCGCAGUAAAAGCUUGUACCAGGCCAUGAGUCUGGGACAGGUGCUCCGGACGGUCAGCUGCAUGGACGAUAAGGAGCUGGUCCAGGCGAAGCUGGACAGCACUCAGAGCAACUACAUCGAGCUCCAGGAGCGCUGCCGCAGGAAAGCAGAGCUGCUGCAGCAGGCGCUGGCCAAUGCCCAGCUCUUCGGGGAGGAUGAGGUGGCUCUCAUGAACUGGCUUGAUGAAGUCCACUGCAGGCUCAGUGACGUCUCCGUACAGGACUACGCGCCGGACGUGCUGGACAAACAACAUGCUGAGCAACUGGCGCUUCAUGAGGACAUCGAGUUAAGGAGGCAGAAUGUUGACCAGGCCAUGCAGAAUGGACUAGAGCUGCUGAAACAGACCACAGGUGAUGAAGUUGUGGUCAUUCAGGGCAAACUGGAUGGAAUAAAGACAAGAUACGCUGAGAUUAGCACAAUGAGCAACAGUGUGUUAACGACGCUGAACAAGGCCCUGUCUCUGGCCACCAAGAUGCAGCACACGCACGAGGAACUGAGCUGCUGGCUGGAGAAAGUGGAAUCUGAACUGGCCACGUUCAGAGCUCAGGAGUCGGUGGGAGAGCAGCUCACUCACGUACAAGAGAGGCAGAAGGCCCUAAUGAAGGAGGUUCAGGAGCAUAAGCCAGUGGUGGACACACUGAAUGAAGUGAGCAGUGCUCUGCUGGAGCUGGUGCCAUGGCGUGCCCGAGAGGGUCUGGACAAACUGGUCACGGAGGACAACGAGCGCUACAGGUCUGCUAGUGAUGCCAUUGCUCAGCAUGUAGAUCAGACAGGAGCAGCCAUCUUAAAAUCACAGCAGUUUGAGCAGGCAGCAGACACCGAGUUAGCCUGGCUGACUGAGGCAGAGAGGAAGCUUUCAUCUCUAGGGGACAUCAAGCUGGAGCCGGAGCAGACCACGGCUCAGCUGCAGGCUCAAAAGGGCUUCUCCAUGGAUAUUAUGAGGCACAAAGAUGCUGUGGAUGAUAUCGUGAAGACAGGCGAGGCGAUCUUAAGCAGCAAAGAUGAGGCAGAGAAGCAAGCUCUGAAGGCUAAGGUCCAGUCUCUCCUGGAGAAAUACAACGCAGUGAGCCAGCUGAACUCGGAGCGCUGCCUGCAGCUGGAGAGGGCCCACUCUCUGGCCUGCCAGUUCUGGGAGACAUACGAGGAGCUGUGGCCAUGGCUGCAGGAGACCCAGGCUAGCUUCACCCAGCUUCCACAACCUGCCAUUGAAUAUGAGACUCUCAGACAGCAACAAGAGGAACUGCGGCAACUGAGGGAGCUGAUUGCAGAGCACAAGCCACACAUAGACAAGAUGAACAAAACCGGCCCUCAGCUGGUGGAGUUGAGUCCGGUGGAGGGAGAGCCCAUCAGGGAGACGUACCAGGCCACAGACAAGCUGUAUACUCAGCUAAAAGCAGAUGUCAAGCACCGAGCUGCUGCCCUAGAUGAGGCCAUCUCCAAAUCUACCCAGUUCCAUGAUAAGAUUGACCCUAUGCUGGAGUCUCUGGAGCGGAUAGCGGAGCGUCUGCGUCAGCCCCCAUCCAUCUCUGUGGAAGUGGAGAAGAUCCGUGAGCAGAUUGCUGAGAACAAAGCUGUGAACAUGGACCUGGAGAAGCUGCAACCCUCUUAUGAAACCCUGAAGCAGCGAGGAGAAGAAAUGAUCACUCGAUCAGAGGGAGCAGACAAAGACCUGUCUGCUAAAGCUGUUCAAGACAAGCUGGACCAGAUGGUAUUUGUGUGGAACGACAUUCAGGCUCUUCUGGAGGAGAGGGAGGCCAAACUCCUGGACGUGAUGGACCUAGCUGAGAAGUUCUGGUGUGACCACUGCGCUCUUAUUGUCACCAUUAAGGACACACAGGACCUGCUAAAAGAGCUUGAGGAGCCUGGAGUGGACCCUUCUGUUGUCAAACAGCAACAAGAGUCCGUAGAGGGCUACAGAGAGGAGAUUGAUGGACUUCAGGAGGAGCUGAACGUGGUCCAGAAUCUGGGAGCAGAGCUUAUGACCGCCUGUGGAGAACCAGACAAACCAGUGAUCAAGAAGAGCCUUGAUGAGGUGAACAUGGCAUGGGAGACCCUAAAUAAGACGUGGAAGGAGCGAGUGGAGCAACUGGAGGAGGCCAUGCAGGCUGCUGUACAGUUCCAGGAUGGUCUUCAGGGCAUGUUUGACUGGGUGGAUAUUUUGGAGAGCAAACUGGAUUCAAUGUCACCCGUCGGCACAGACCUGGAGACUGUGAAGCAGCAGAUCGAGGAGCUGAAGGAGUUCAAAGGCGAAGCGUACCAGCUUCAGAUUGAGAUGGAGAGGCUGAACCACCAAGCAGGACUGCUACUGAAGAAAGUACUGGAGGAAGCAGACCGCAUUACCAUCCAGGAGCCCAUCAACGAGCUCAAAAUGCUCUGGGACAACCUGGACGAAAAAGUCAUCAACAGACAGCACAAGCUGGAAGGUGCUUUGCUGGCUUUAGGGCAGUUCCAGCAUGCUCUAGACGAGCUUCUGGCCUGGCUCACUCACACCGAAGACCUGCUUAGUGAACAGAAGAAAACCAGCGGGGACCCCAAAGCCAUCGAGAUAGAACUCGCCAAGCACCAUGUGCUGCAGAACGAUGUCUUGGCGCAUAAGAGCACCGUGGAGGCAGUGAACAAGGCGGGCAGCGAUCUAAUGGAGUCUAGUGAAGGAGAGGAGGCCUGUGGCCUGCAGACCAAGCUGGAGAACCUCAACCAGCGCUGGAGGGGCAUCCUGGAGAAGACUGAGCAGAGGAGGCAGCUUCUGGACAGCGCUUUGCUUCAGGCCCAAGGUUUCCAUGGUGAGAUUGAAGAUAUGCAGCAAUGGCUGAAAGACACAGAACGUCAGCUGUUAGCAUCAAAGGCGGUUGGAGGCUUACCAGACACGGCCCGCGAGCAGCUUAACGCCCAUCUGGAGCUGUGCAGUGCAAUGGAGGCGAAGGAGGAACUGUAUCAGCAGCUUCUUCAGAGAGGUCAGCAGCUGAUAGCCCUGACACCAGAGGGCCAGGACAGCACCACCGAGCAGGACCUCCACAACCUGCAGGAGAAGUGGGAGUGUGUGCAGGCCAAGGUGGCCGAGAGGAAGGGGAAACUUGAGGAGGCGUUAGCAAUGGCCACAGAUUUCCACAACUCCCUGCAGGACUUCAUAAACUGGCUGACCCAAGCUGAGCAAACCCUGACCAUGGUGUCUCCAGCUUCCCUCAUCCUGGAGACUAUUCUGUUCCAGAUAGAUGAGCAUAAGGUGUUUGUGACAGAGGUGAACUCACACCGGGAUCAGAUCAUCGAGCUCGAUAAGACGGGCACCCAUCUGAAGUACUUCAGCCAGAAGCAGGACGUGGUGCUGAUUAAGAACCUGCUGCUGAGUGUGCAGAGCCGCUGGGAGAAGGUGGUACAGCGCUCGGUGGAGCGAGGACGCCUGCUGGACGACGCCAGGAAGCGUGCCAAACAGUUCCAUGAGAGCUGGACUAAGCUGAUGGAGUGGCUGGAGGAGUCAGAAAGGGCUCUAGACUCAGAGCUGGAGAUUGCCAACGAUCCUGACAAGAUCAAAAUGCAGCUGGCUCAGCAUAAGGAGUUCCAGAAGGCUCUGGGUGGAAAGCACUCUGUGUACGAUACCACCAGCCGCACCGGCCGAGCACUGAAGGACAAAACCUCCUUGCAGGAUGACAACCAGAAACUGGAUGACAUGCUUUGUGAACUCAGGGAUAAAUGGGACACAGUGUGUGGCAAAUCUGUCGAGAGGCAGAACAAGCUGGAGGAAGCUUUGCUGUUUUCAGGCCAGUUCACAGAUGCUUUGCAGGCUCUGAUCGACUGGCUUUAUAAAGUAGAACCGCAGCUGGCAGAAGACCAGCCCGUGCACGGAGAUAUUGACUUGGUGCUGAACCUCAUCGACAGCCACAAGGUAUUUCAGAAGGAGCUGGGGAAGAGGACGGGUUCCGUUCAGGCUCUGAAGCGCUCGGCCCGUGAGCUGAUUGAGAACAGCCAUGAUGACUCAUCGUGGGUGAAAGUUCAGAUGCAGGAGCUGAGCACGCGCUGGGAGACGGUGUGCGCCCUCUCAGUGUCCAAACAGACUCGGCUGGAGCAGGCCCUGUGUCAGGCAGAGGAGUUCCACUCGACUGUCCACAUUCUUCUGGAAUGGCUGGCUGAAGCAGAACAGAGCCUCCGGUUCCAUGGUUCCUUGCCUGAUGAUGAGGAAGCCCUCCGAAGUCUCAUCGAGCAGCACAAAGAAUUCAUGAGGAAGCUGGAGGAGAAGAGAGUGGCUCUGGGCAAAGCCACCAGCAUGGGCGAAGCUAUCUUAGCCAUCUGUCAUCCGGACUCCAUCACCACUGUCAAACACUGGAACACCAUCAUUAAAGCGCGCUUUGAAGAGGUCACAGCAUGGGCACGACAGCAUCAGCAGAGGUUGGCCACUGCUCUCAGUGAGCUUCUGGCCACUCAGGAGCUGCUGGAGAGUCUACUGAGCUGGCUGCAGUGGGCCGAGACCACACUGACGGAGAACGACAAGGAAGUCUUGCCUCAGGAGAUAGAGGAGGUCAAAGCACUCAUCGCGGAGCAUCAGAUCUUCAUGGAGGAGAUGACCAGGAAACAACCGGACGUGGAUAAAGUUACUAAGACUCAUAAGAGGAAAGCCACUGCAGAUCCUCCUGUUCAGUCUCAAAUUCCUGUGCUGGACAAAGGAAGAACUGGCCGGAAAAGAUCCCCGACCCAGUCUGUGUAUCCAACAGCAGCUCAGGCUCAAAUUGAGACCAAGAACCCCCGCGUUAACCUGCUGGUCAGUAAGUGGCAGCAGGUUUGGCUUCUGGCCCUGGACAGGAGAAGAAAACUUAACGACGCUCUGGACCGACUGGAGGAGCUGAAAGAGUUUGCCAACUUUGACUUUGAUGUCUGGAGGAAGCGCUACAUGCGGUGGAUGAACCACAAGAAGUCACGAGUCAUGGACUUCUUCCGACGCAUCGACAAGGACCAGGACGGCAAGGUCACCAGACAGGAGUUUAUUGAAGGCAUUCUUUCUUCAAAGUUCCCCACCAGUCGACUGGAGAUGAGCGCUGUGGCAGACAUUUUUGAUCGUGAUGGCGAUGGCUACAUCGACUACUACGAGUUUGUGGCUGCGCUGCACCCCAACAAAGACGCCUACAAACCGCUCACCGACGCUGACAAGAUUGAAGAUGAGGUGACUCGCCAGGUAGCAAAGUGCAAGUGUCCUAAACGGUUCCAAGUGGAGCAAAUUGGUGCCAACAAAUACCGGUUCUACCUUGGAAAUCAGUUCGGAGACUCCCAGCAGCUCAGGCUGGUGCGGAUCUUGCGCAGUACUGUCAUGGUGCGAGUGGGAGGAGGCUGGAUGGCCCUGGAUGAGUUCUUGGUCAAGAAUGACCCGUGUAGAGUUCAUCACCAUGGGAGUAAAAUGUUGCGCUCGGAAUCAAACUCGUCAAUUACUCAGUCUCCUAUAGGUUGGCAACUCUCACACUUUCUCUCCUUGCUCCAUCCCAGUGCUAAAGGCAGAACCAACGUGGAACUGCGAGAGAAGUUCAUCCUUCCAGAAGGCACCACUCAGGUGAUGGCCAGCUUUCGCUACCGAGGCCGAAGGUCACGGCCUUCGUCGAGGGGUGCCUCACCGAACAGGUCAAACUCCAGCCACAGCUGUCCUGCACAGCCUAACCCAGCGGCUCCUGGUGCAUCCAAGACGCCCCAUUUAACGCGAAAUUAUGAUAAACCCUGGCUGACAAACAGCAAGUCAGCCACUCCUCUAAAGUCUUCUGACUCCUUUGAAAGCCAAGGGUCAUCCAACGAGAGUACACCCAUCCAGGGUAGCAAGCUCCGUCUGCCUGGCUAUUUGUCAGGGAAAGGCUUCCAGUCUGGAGAGGAGGGCACCCUGAUCAAUGCUGCUGUUUUGAAGGCCAAAGGCCAGGCCAUUGGCCCCAGUAAGAAUCCCAGCAGGCCGGGCAGCAAAGCGGGCAGCCGUGGGAGCAGCCGCAGAGGAAGCGACGCCUCAGACUUCGACAUCUCCGACAUCCAGUCUGUCUGCUCAGACAUGUCAGAGACGGUGACAGACUCAGGGAGGCCCACGCCCCGAUCGGCCUCCCGCCAGCGCGGGGGCAAACCUUCCAAAAUCCCCACCCCACAGAGGAGGAGCACGCCCACCAGCAAACUGGCCAAGACCACAAAGAGAUAGUCAGUAGUCUGGCUUCGGUAGCAGACAGGACCAGUGUAGAACCCCAUAGCACUGUGCUGGCACACACUGGACAGAGACUGGACACCCGUAGACACUACAGACUGCAAAACUACCAUUAUUUAAAAACAAAAAAAGAGUGUAGCAAGAUGUAAAUUAUUCUGUGGCAGAACCGUGGAGAAUAAGGAGUGAGUGGAAUGUGAUGGUUUUGUGUAUUUGUCCUGUAUUUUUAUGUUUUUGUGAAUAAUGUCGUGUCAGAUUAUUAUUUUAUUUUAUCGCUGCUACACCCAGAGAGGUUAGCACCAGUGGGAAAGCAAGACUACGUCGUGAAGCAAACUAACAGUUUUCCACAUCGUUUGAGCUGAUAGAGAAGCUGAAUGUACUGUAAUCUCCUCAAGCUGACAUGCUUGUGAGCGAAUUGGUAUGCCACUGUAUUCACGCCAGGGCACCACAACUAUUUAUUCAUCUAUUUAAAGUGCAAUGAUGUGCUGCUGAUAACGCAUUUUAAAGGGCAAUACAAUACCUUCAGUCGUAACCAUAGCAACUGCCCGUCUUAAACACUACAGAGAACCUUGGUCAUGGCCUUCGAACAGUCCGUCAUACCCACCUGCCGCGUUCGCCGACGACUUCACCAACUCCUAGCAUUGUUUGUGUGCCAUUUAACCUUGACAGGAACCUUCCAGGGUUCUUAUUAGUAGAUAUUCAUAAGUGCAUUCAUGUCUGUGUACUGUAUGGUUCUUUCUUUUUUUUUUUUUUUCCUUGUCUGAGUGACAAUGGCUUACUCACAACCUUUUUGUAAUAAAUCUGCUUGCAGAACGCUAUGACGGCAUAUAAAAGCAAA